CUAAACGCCCACUGAUGCCAUGAAACUAACAAUAUUCAUAACACCAGAUCCUUGCCCUCAAACAAUAUUUAGAGCAAAAUGGCCACUCCAAUGAGCUGGGGGACUUACCUUCCCAUGCUUCUCCGCUCUCAAUUUCUCCGGAGCAUCCCAUACCCGACAACUUCCUUCGCAGGGCAAACUGUGAUCGUAACUGGAUCCAACACAGGGCUUGGUCUCGAGGCCGCGCGCCACAUUGUUCGCCUAGGUGCUGCAAAAGUCAUCCUUGCAGUACGCACGAUCUCCAAAGGCGAAGCCGCCGCGGCCAAUAUCCUCAAAUCCACCAAUGCCACCAAGAACACGAUUGAAGUUUGGCCACUCGAUUUAUCUCGCUCUAGUUCUAUCAAGGAGUUUGCCGUGAAAGCAGCGAGACUAGACCGAUUAGACGCGCUAGUUCAAAAUGCUGGUAUUCUAACGCAGAGAUUUGGACUCGUAGAAGGAAACGAAGCACAUAUCGGCGUAAAUGUUGUUGGGGCAGUAAUGCUGGGCUUGCUGAUUCUCCCAAAGCUGAAGGAAACAUCGAAGAGAUUUCAUGUUAGGACCAGGCUUUCGUUCGUUGGAUCCGAUAUGCAAUAUGUUGCCCAAUUCAAAGAAGCACGGACAACAGGAUCAUUGUUCGACGCGUUGAAUAGAGAGGAAGAGGCGAAUAUGGGAGAUAGGUAUGCAACUUCGAAGCUUUUGCUUCUGUAUGCUGUCCGGGAGAUGGCUGCUCGAAGUCCGCCAACGCCAGGCUCGGAUGUCAUUAUCAAUUUCAUGACACCGGGUGCAUGCAAGAGCGAUCUCUUUCGAGACGACCUAUCCUGGGUUUUCUUUAUGGUCCAAAGAAUUAUGAUGGCAAUUUUCGCCCGAACCACCGAGGUAGGCGGUCGGACCUUGACGGACGCCGUACGGCCAGAUCUUAGCAAUGAAGCCCAUGGUGCAUUUCUGAUGGACUGCAGGGUGGUUCCGAACGGUUCAAGCGUCGAGAGCGCCAAAGGACAGCUACUCCAGCAACGGUUCAACAAGGAGUUGUUUGCAAGGUUAGAAGCGAUUUCACCUAGAGUGACAAAGAUACUU